AUAAUACUAUUGGGUUUGUGAAAAUGGAUAAAUACUAUUGCAAAAUAAUUGUGAAAUAGUAAUUUGAACCAUUUCGCAUACGCAUCAAGUUUUUUUUCUUAGCUUCUUUGAAUAUAUUCAUCUGUUUGAUUAAUUUGAUUUCUUUAUUCCUCCCUCACUAGGCAAAACUUUAUUUCCAUCAUUCGUUCUCAACCUCCAGAGGAUUAUUAGCGAAUGCAACAUAUGACUUGCACUCAGGCUAUUGUACAGUUUGAAUAGGUCAUAUUGUUUGUAUAAAUAUGUAUUACAAUAUUCAUAAAAACUACACCAAGUAUGAUAUAAUAUUCCUGUAUUUCUGUCCCAAAAACAGCAAAAUUAUUUCCUGAAACUCUACAACUCUACAAAAAACAAGAGUGGCAUAUCGAGAAGGUCCCAAAUUUGUGAAUUGAUAAACUAGAUGUUACGGUGACUCGUCACAAAUUUGUAAAUUUUAAAGUCUUUAUCUGUUUGUAUUUUCACUGCUGAAACCACGACGAACGAAGGAAGCAAAUGAUUCUCAACAGUAUUCCAGCCCUACCGUACACUAUCAAUGAAUGAAUCUUACAACAUUUGACCUAGUCAUUCUAGAUUUUGAUUUAGGAAAGCAUCUUUAUUUCACAGAAAACAUUUUGAGCAAAAUCAAACUUCUGUGAAUGGAAAUUCAUAAUCAUUGCCAAAUACAUGGAGUAUGCUGAGCUGAUAUACUAUUCUCCAUUAAUUUAGUAUUUAACAGGCAAUUAUUAUAUUAAAACUGACUAAUAUUAACACACAAUCGAGAAAAAUUGUCUAUCAGAAUGAACAAAAAUGAUCAAUUAUUGACUUUAAUGUUUAUGGUAUUGAGUUAUUUAUUUGACAUAAUGAGAAUAAAAUAUCAAUGAAAGUCUUUAAAAUACAUGCCAAAAUUAUUUUAAAUAAUUAAUGAAAUUUUGUGAAGAAAAUUCUAAAUUGAGAAAUAAUGUCUCGAAACAAUCUUGGUAAUCCGAUAUUAUGAUUUUAUGUCUAAGCACAGUGUGCAAAUAAAUUAAAGUCAAAACAUCUUGCUAUAUCCAUGAUUCACUCAGUAAGAUAUAUCUAUUUCAAUUAUGAAGUCAGAAGUAUUGUAUUGCAUACUUAAUUAUGUCAAUGAAAGUUUGAGGUCAUUAUGGUUGAAAGGAGGCAAAGCAAAGAUAAUCAAUGUGAUGUGAAUUUAAAAUUAGAUUAUGGUUUAUUUAUGAAAGUUUGAUCCACUUGAAGUAGCUCGAAUGAGUGGAACAUUGAGAAAAUUAUAGUUGAUACAGCCUGUAGUGGGAAAGUAUUGGAACUGUUUCCAAGAAAUUCUUAAUUAUCUAAAAAAAUUUGAACAAAGGAAGUAUUAGUCUCAAAGCCUUAUUUUUCUCUUGGUUGGCUCAAUACUAUGAACUAGAAAAAAUCUUUCAAGAUAAAUUGAACCUACCUGCCAUUAAAAAAAUUGGGAAUAUUGGGGCACUAAUAUAUGUUAUGGAUAAACAAUUGAACCAGAUUAAUUUUAUGACAUAUGGUAUAAAAUAUGAUUUAAUAUUCUGAUAAAUUUGUAACUACCACGAAAUCUAUCUUUGGAUGAUUGAAAUGCCAUUCUGGAUUGAAAUUUAAAAUCCCUUACGUCAGCCAUGCACCUAAAUAAACGAGACGACAACAUGGUAUUUGUGUGGAUGGAAAGUCAAUAGGGCAAUAUUCUGCUCUGAAAAUCAUUUGGUGUUGAAAAUCUGCACCCACAGGAAGUUGUAGGGUAUUAUUAGAAGCAAUUGAGAAAAGAGAAAGGAAUAUCGCAUUCACUAUACAGCAGUAGUACAUCCACUAAUAAACCUGUGUCAAAUACAGAUGAGGUUGCUACGCAUGUAGGUAUAGUAAUGUAUUUAAAUAGUAUCUAAAUUUUAAAACGUUUUUUAUUAUGUAACAUUUCCAGAUCCUCAACAGGUAUACAAUUAAAAUGGGGGGAUGUAGUUUUAUAAUCAGGAUUGUAACAUUAGAUCAUUUAUAUGAUAUGGAUAAGACAAAAGGACGAGCAAAUUGGUUGAUAUUUCUUAUUUGUAAAGUAAUGGCUCCAGCAUUGCUUGUCAUGGUCACAGAAUCAGAUGAAAUUUUAACAUAUGGAGAUACAAUGAUGAGACAUUACAAAAAAUCCUUACGAUCAACUUGCCUGGACAUUCAACAUGUCAGGAAAUUGGAUAAAUUCAACAAAAUAUCAUCAGAUUCAGCAUUGAAUCAAUUGUUAAAUGAACUAGAGAAUUUAAAUAAAGGCAAAACAAACAUCAACAUGAAAGUAUCGAAGACGAGCAAACUUCAAAUUCAAGAAAAAGAAUUAGAUAAAAACUGCAACUGUUCAAAUCAUGAUCCAGUAAUUAACAAAGAAGUUGACACAAAACUGGGUGCAUCAUUACACCAUUAUCUUAUGUUGCUUGAAAAUGAAAAUAUGUCAUCACCAAUAAGAUUGAAGCAAAAACAACAAAAUGCAAAAGAUGUCAAGUUCUGUUGUGAUAAUUUUCGGAAGACGGUUACCAAAGUAAUCGGAUGUAUGAGGAAGAAGAUGGAACAAAAUAAAGAUGACAUAGUACCUUUUGGAGUUGCAAUGUUUUUUCCAUGUUUUGGGGCAAUUAUAGUUGCACUGUGGUUGGCACCAAUUAAGCAUAUUUCAGCAAUCCGUAAUAAAGUUUUAACCAACACAAACCCUGCGACAUCCAACUUACAGACGACACCUGAAGAAAAACUUUCAACAAUCAAGGAUUGUCUUCACUUCAUAGCAGACUUGAUUGUGUUUUAUUUAAUAGUGCACAAAAUAAAAAAUAUUGGAUCCGUUAUCAUGGGAUCGUGUGUUCAAAACCAACCAUGUUUAAUAAAAUUCACAUCGAUGCAGGUGAGAAGAAUGUGGUCAAUUACAUUAUUGAAUUUUUAUGAAAUCAUUCAAAUCAAAUUUGCACUCUCAGAAAUUUUAUUAAAGUACCGUAUUACAUAUACCGUAUUUUUUGGCAAAUAAGUCUACCCGGCAAAUAAGACAAAACCUAAAAAAAAGAGUUUUUCCAUAUAACCCUCCAAUGAACAGGCAGAAAAAAUUGCUUGUCUGUUAGUCGGUUAAGCACUAAUAUGCGCUCAUAAUUUUAUAUGGUUAGAACCAUACGCACAGAAUUAACUAUUCCUAAUAAUAAUAGGGCAAUUUUAAACAUUUUGAACAACCCAUUAACUCGAACGUUGCCUGUGAAUAUGGUGUGAUAGGUUUUAUAUUCAAAGAAUCGUGGUUUUCAUCGUAGUUUACAUCUAUCCAUCUAUUUUACUAUUAUUUGCAGCAGCAGAAAAAUAAACCCAAGAGUGAUGUCUGCAAAACCUACUAAAUUUAUCCUCAUGUGUAAAAAAUGUUUAAAACAAAACAAAAUGUUGCACAUUAUUUUUCAGAUGUUGUAUUUACUGGCAAUGGCACAGACACCUUGGAUAAGUAUUUUAUGGAACUUUGUAUAUUGAAAAAAAUAAUCGGUACUCCCGUUGUGUGUGUACCAGGUUAGGGUCAGGCCAUAAACCUAUUCCGAUUUUCCGCAUUUCAGUUCUAUUACGAGUUCGGGGACUAUCUGUGUUAGCCAAGUGAAAAUACGCCCAUACGUUUCAGUCCCUUUACACAACUUGAUGUAGAAUAGUCGAACAAAACUUAGUAACCUCAAUAUUGGUACACACACUUCUGGAGCGCCAAAUAAUAAAUAAGCUGAAACUAUUCUGGGAGAUUUAUUUAUUCUGAUGACUUGGGAUCACAGAUGAUACGUUGUUGGAGCAAGUUUUUUUCAAUAAGAUGAUAUUUGAUAUAUUUCACAUUCAGUUUUUCUAUUAUGAACAUUUUCUUGUUAUAACUUACCUAUAUUUAUGAUCAAUGAUUAAUUUCUGGGGAACCAAUAAUAAAUUAAAUAAAACUUGGAAGCUAGUGUUGUGUCUGAAAAUUGUAUUGUCAGAUAUAAAAUAGUUGUCAGCAGAAGCAAACUUAACACCAACAAAAAAAGUCAGCAAGAAGGAUUUUAUUCAUUGCAAACAAAGAAAAGAUGAACAACACAGUAAAAAAU